CCAGGCAUCGCGGCCUCACGAAGGGAGAAGGAGGAGGGUUUUCUUUUAUUCUGUUUCCGCCCCCCCUCCUCUCCCUCUCUCUUUUCCAGCCAGUGGAGAGUGCCUGCCCCCGUGAACUGCCGGUACAGCGCCUGCGGCGACGCACACAGGCUGCCGCCGCCGCCGCCUAUAAAUACGUUAAGAGCCGGGCAGAGGGCGGACAGUGCGCGUCUCCCGCCGGGCCGGGCCGGGCCGAGGCGGCACGGACACCCGCUGCCCCGCCGAGCCUCCCGGGCGGCUCGGCCCGGUGCGCCAUGGCGUGCGUGGAGCGGUGCCGCUGCUGCGCGGAGGGCAGGCGGCACGGCAGCAUCCUCUACAGCAUCCUGAGGAGCGCGGAGCGGGCGGCGGCGCCGCCGGCGGGGCAGGGGCCGAUGUGGGGGCAGGCGACCCACGGCUGCCCGUGCAGGGCGCGGCGGCGGGUGUCCCUGAGGAGCCCGCAGGUGGCCUGCAAGGCGGCCUCGGCCGUCCUGGUGAAGACGCUGCGCUUCGUCCAGAACGUGCCCUGCUUCCAGGAGCUGCCCCUGGACGAGCAGCUCCUGCUGGUCCGCAGCUGCUGGGCGCCCCUGCUGGUGCUGGGGCUGGCGCAGGACCGGGUGCACUUCGAGACGGUGGAGAGCGCGGAGCCCAGCAUGCUGCAGAGGAUCCUCACCACCCGGCGGCUGGGCGAGCAGCCCCCGGCGCCGUGCCGGCCCCACCACGGCCCCGCCGGCGGCGGCGGCGGCGGCCCGUACCCGCCCUCGGCCGGCGAGAUUCAGGCUAUCAAGGGCUUCCUGGCCAAGUGCUGGAGCCUGGAUAUCAGCACCAAGGAGUACGCUUACCUCAAGGGGACGGUGCUCUUCAACCCGGAUCUACCUGGACUGCAGUGUACACAGUACAUUGAAGGGCUGCAGAGGGAAGCACAACAAGCUCUAAAUGAACACGUCAGACUCAUUCACAGAGGUGACGAAGCCAGAUUUGCCAAGCUGAAUGUUGUUCUAUCCUUGUUAAGAUCUAUUAAUGCUAAUGUGAUUGCCGAACUAUUCUUUAGGCCCAUCAUUGGAGCAGUGAACAUGGAUGACAUGCUUUUGGAAAUGCUUUGUGCAAAAUUAUAAAGGUGUGUAAAAUGAAGAAAAUAAAUCCAAUGCAAAGAAAGGCCUAGAGCAGAAUAGUGUAAAGUACUGUAAAUAAACUAACUUAUUGUUUUUACAUAGAUAGUAUUUUUGUAUUGCGUAAUAAAAGAUUCUUCAAGCUCUGAAAUUAAUUUUUAUUAAACACAGUGGUUUUGGAAUAAGAUUACAUCAUCAAAACAAGCUUUAAGGUUGUACAGAAUGUUCAUAUCCAAAGUCAACUGGCUAUUCUUUUACCAUGUCUCUGAAUAAAGAUCACACUUACUAUAUUGUA